AUGUCAAUUCAUUCAAAAAAAUUAAUUGACAAGCGAAACAUGCCACACUUUCUUGCUCCGUAUGACCAUCGAGCACCAUCACUCCUCCCGAAUGAAGUCAAAUUUUCAAGUUCGAAUGAAUUUAUUUCAGACAAGGCUCAAUGGUUGAGUAACGUCGAUCGAAUUCUUGAUACUCGAAUGGAAUUUAAAGAACAAUUAUUGCACAGUGAUGAUCAUGAUUUACAACCUUUCAAUCCUUUACAAUUAUUGUUAGAAUGUCAUUCAUUAAAACAUACUCUUCCUGUGAUUAAAUCGAGAGAGGACGUCCAAAACUAUUUAUCAUCCAUUCCUUACAUUAAGAAAUUACGAAAUGAAUAUUCUUCCAUGAAUUUUGAUCACAGAUUUGAAGUUUUAAAAAAGAUUACAAAAAUGUUUCUAGUAACCGUCGAGGGAUUGCAAGAAAUUCAUCAAUAUCUUAAUCAUUCAAAAUGGAAAUAUCACGACAGCAAUCCAUUCACUCAUUCCAAUGAAGAAUACUUUCAGGACUCUAAACUCAACUUUCGUACCAGAAGUAUGACCAUAUUUCCAUAUUUUCCAAUUUUUAAUUCAGAACAUGAAAUGGAUUAUCGAUAUGGAGAUUUACCUCAUCUCAUUGUCAUGCUGAAAAGUAGUCCAAAAGGUCGAUUUCUACCUAAUCGUUUUCGUUUAAGAUUUGGAGGAGAUUGCUUAAUGAUUGUCAACUUUUCAUUUCCAAGAAUGGGACUCAAAUGUCAAACCUAUCUUUCCAAUUUAAUGAAACAUUCCAAACAACAAGAGCCUUACACCACACUCUCUUCUUGGGAAUUGUAUAUGAAAGCAAUCAAGUUACAAUUUUAUAAGAAUGGUCCUACAACUGUCAAUUCCAAACAACACUUUGAAUAUUGUCAAGUCUUUGAAAGUAUUCAUACCGAAGUGACAUGCUACAACAAGAUGGGUGAGUUCUUAAAAGGACCUAUUGAAAUUGCAGGUUGUUCGUUUGCUCCACUCUGUCAAAACACGAGUGGAAUGCAUUCACAUCGAUAUGUUUACUUUUCCAUGAUGCCGAAUGACCACACCGUGAAUCGUCCUGAAAUUUUCAUACCAGCGGUAGAACGUUGGGCCAUUCCACCUCCACUCAAUUCCAAAGUAUAUUCAAGUGAAAAUUUAAAGAGUAUUCGAUUAUCACUCCUCAAUACUCCAAUUUAUCCUUCUGAUUUGAUUUUACAAGACAACAUGAUUGGUUUGGAACAAGAUGUAGAGUUUAAUGGAUAUACAUUUUCAGAUGGAUGUGGAUUUAUUUCAGAAGAAUGUGCUCGACUAGUCUAUCAAGUCAUUCUGAAGAGGAAAGAAACACACGGUGCCAAGAAACAACAUCGUUUUACUCACCAACGCUAUGCACCAAAUAUGGAACAUUUCUACGAGGAUGAAUUGGAUUUGCAACAAGAAGAAGAAGAAGAAGAAACACCUUCUGCUUUUCAGAUACGUUUGGGAGGUGCCAAGGGUAUGCUGGUUGUGAAAAAGAAUCUCUCACAUCCCAUUGUGUUGCGACCUUCAAUGAUUAAAUUUAAACCUUCGAGCGAAGAAGAAUUGCAUCAAGAACUCCAUAUUGUUGGAUUUUCAAGUCCUUCUGGAGAUGCCUCUAUCAAUCCUACCAUUAUGCAUGUAUUAGAAGGAUGUGAUGCCAAUGGAAAAGUUUGUGAAAAAUUGAAAGAGAUCAUGAAACAACAUGUGAAUGAAAUUAUUGACAAGUAUUUGAAAAGCUCAAAUAGAGAAGUGGCUGAAAGUUACAUGAAAGAUGGAGAUUUUGCAGCAUUGAAUUUAUUGGGAAGUUAUCAUGACUCUAUUACUUCAUUUCUUGUUGGUCCAUUUCGUUCCAAAUUAUUGAACAUGAAAAUGAGAAUUCCAAAUUCAAGAAGAUUGUAUGGUGUUGUGGAUCCUUAUGGUGUGUUGAAAUCAAAUGAAAUAUUCAUUCAAAUUUCAAACAAGAAUGGAACGAUGAAAAAUCUCAUUGAGAAUGAAGUGAUCAUUACCAAAGAACCAUGUUUUCAUCGAGGAGAUUUGAGAAGACUGAAAACUCUCACUUCUCAACAAUUGAAUCAAAAUGAAUCAUUGAAACAACUUUUACAUUUGACCAAUGUCAUUGUAUUUCCUGCAUGCGGUGAUCGUCCUAUACCAAAUACAAUAGCAGGAUCAGACCUGGAUGGAGAUUCUUAUUUUGUUUGUUGGGAUCAAGACAUUGUGCAAAAUGUCAAAAUUUUUGAACCAGGUGAAUUUGAUAUGGAGCAUGAAGAUUUGAAGGAGAAAUCAUUUGAACCUGAUGUCUUUAAAGAUUGGGUUGGAGUUCGUCAUGCCUACGCUGAUUACUAUGGUUCUCAAUGGACCGCAGACUCGAACUGGGAUUCCUGCAUGUCCAAAUUAAGCCAAAUUCUGAACAAGGCUGUCGAUGCACCUAAAAAAGGUAAAACAUUCAGUCCAACAAGAAAGGAUCUCGAAAUUAUUAGAAAUUUCCCAGGAUAUCCUCAUUAUCAUCAAGAAAAACAUGGUUCUGCCACCUACAACAGUAAUUCUAUCAUUGGACAAUUAUACGACAUGAUGAUGAAUGAAAUUCAACAGGUCACAAAUUUUUCAAAGCCUUCCCAAAGUGAACAAGGCUCUGAAAUGACCAUUACCGCUCUCGAUGAUCGUGAUUAUAUUUAUGUUUCCUGCUUGUAUGAAAUUAAGAAGGCACAUGCUCAAAAACAAAAUCCUCUCGAUGCAUUUAUACAUUUCCUUCUCACUCGAUAUCGCUUAAUUCGUGAUGGAAAAUGUACCAUUCAAUAUGCGAGUGAGUUUUUGAACAUUUUUUGGAGAGUUUUGUGUUGGGUGGAAUGGUUCAUGUGUCUAGUACCUUCUUCUGGUUGUUGCAAUGACCACAACAAUACCUGUAUGGAAAAGUCCAUGCACAUUUAUGUAUUGAAUUCAUGUUUGGAAGAUCUGAACCUGCUAGAACGAGACGUUCUUCUCCAAGAUUGGUUUGAUUCCUACACAAAUCGAGUCAUGACUUUGAUGGGAAUGGAUUCUGUUCCUUUAGAGAAAAUUGAGAUGGAAGGCUAUACCAAUAUGAAUAUCUAUGAAACCAAAAUAUGGUCAAACAAGUUCACACCAAACAUGAUCGCUUGGGCAUUGGAACAAGUCAUUGAAUCUUCAUUGAGAAUACAGGUAGAGUUAGGAUUUAAUUUACACGAGAUGAUGAAAGAAUAUUUGAGUGGGGAACAAUUCUCACAAUCAACGGAAAGUCUUUCUCAACUUUUAAUGAAUAUGCUUGAGAAUCGAGAUCGAUUGGAGAGUGAGUUUCCAAAAACACUAUUAAGGAGCGUGUAA